UCAGUCGGUCAUAUCGCCGGUAAUGAACGCUAAAGGUUAUUACACACUAGCAGUUACGAUUCUCCCAGCGAAUGCCUAAUAGAAACGGCGAUCUUAACCUUCGUGUGCACCGCUCUCGGUUCGAGAAUUGUUUUUUGUUCAAGGAAGUACAGAGUGGUUGAACCAAUAAAAAUCGUGUCAACACGGUGGAGUACGUUUGCAGGUUGCAUUCUCCCUCCAAAUCAUUCGUAGAUAUGAUCUGCACGAUAAUCUGAUAUAAUACUGUCAGUAUCAAAUAACAAUUCUUUAGUCUGCGUAUUUUUGUGUUCGGUUUUACCGGUUGUACGACAUCUGAAAGAAAAUUGUUCACUGUGCCAAGGUGGUAGAACGAAAAAGAAACGUUUCUAGUUAUUGACUGACUUCUGGAUAAAUUGACUUUCAGUUCAGCAAUGGUUCACAAACAGAUUUUCACGAUAACGAAGAAAGAUGUAGAGUCUAAUAAGAAAGAAGAUGACCUCAAACCCGAUGAAUGGUAUGGAACCAGACACACACAAUGUCUGCUCCUAUUUGUGCUGCUCUCUAUUGGAUAUGCCAUGAGGGUGAAUUUAUCUGUGGGGAUAGUAGCAAUGACAGAUAAAACUGCUAGCAGUAAUCCUGAUGUACCGACCUAUGAGUGGAAAGACAAAAGUAUAGUCCUAUCCUCGUUCUUCUGGGGAUACGUGGUGCUGCAAGUGCUGGCAGGUUACUGCGCCACACAGUACGGCGCUAAAUGGUUCCUGACGGGAUCAAUGUUGGUGAAUUCCUUGGCCUGUAUGGGCAUCCCAUUCAUGGCUGCCGAGUUCGGAUCUAAGGGAGUGAUGGCGUGUCGAGUCCUGCAGGGACUGAGCCAGGGCUUCUUCUUCCCCUCCGUCCAUGGUCUUCUUGGACAAUGGGUACCGACGGGCGAGAGAUCACAGCUUGGGACGUUCGUGUACAGUGGUGCUCCAUUUGGUACCAUAGUGGCUCUACCUCUAACUGGUUUGAUCUCGGCUAGUGAAUGGGGAUGGCCAGUGAGUUUCUAUCUAUUUGGAAUCGUAGGGCUUUUUUGGACUGUUUGGUGGUGUUUUGCAGGCUAUGACAAUCCGUCAGAACAUCCCACGAUCACAGAGCAAGAAAAGUAUUACGUCGAAUCGUCCUUGGGUCACCUCAAGAAGAAAAUCUUACCCACUCCCUGGAAGGCCAUAUUUACUUCACUACCGAUGUGGGCUAUUGUGGUGGCCAACUUUGGGCAAAAUUGGGGAUAUGCCACACUGCUCACCGAAAUACCAAAUUAUUUGCACGAAGUGAUGGGAUUUAACGUGAAGUCUAACAGCUUGCUUUCUGCAGCUCCUUACCUUGGUUACUGGAUCAUAAGUAUGUCCUUUGGACCUCUUUCAGACUUACUAAUUAAUCGCAAAAUCGUCACAAGAGGAACAUCUAGGAAAAUCUUCAAUUCUAUCGGUAUUGUGGGUCCGGCAAUAGCCCUAACUUUAUUGAGUUACCUACCAGAUGAUGAAGACUUCCUUUCAGUAAUAGUAUUGAUAUUUGCUGUUGGAAUAAAUGGAUCUGUAUCAUCUGGUUUCCAAGUGAAUCACAUUGAUAUUUCACCCAAUUUUUCUGGAAUAUUGAUGGGAAUCACGAAUGGUUCGUCAAACAUAUUUUCAAUUAUUGCCCCAUUGGCCGUCCAAGUCAUUGUAACAGAUGAGUCUGAUAAGUCAUUAUGGAGGAUAGUGUUCCUCAUAGCUUCAAUAAUUUAUGUUCUAUCUGCCAUAUUCUUCAACAUGUUUGCAUCUGGAGAGAUUCAACCAUGGAAUAACGAGCAACCGAUAGAUGACAAAAAGAGAAAAUUGAGCCAUAUGGACAAUCACGAAAAAUAUGAAAAAUCAACGAAUACACAACCGAUUGCAGAAGAAAAAGUAUGAUAAUAAUUCUCCCCUUCAACAGGACUCGUUUUUAUAAGAAAACAGUUGUUUUUUAUUGAAUAAUUUAUGUAUGAACGUGUAAAUUAUUACUUAGACUAUCGUUUAAUUGAAAAAGAAUGUUUGCUAUGUACUAGGUACAUUAAUAAUAGUUUAGAUUAUUUUAUUUAUUGAAUUCAUUGUUAAUUGUUAUUUUAUCUGUGAUAAAGUGAUGUGAAUAUUAUCAUGUUGUUGUUUUAGCUGCAGCAUGAUACCCCUACAUUUAAAUAAUAAAGAUGUUCACACAAAGUUUCAUUUCACUCUGAUAGUAAUAUUUUAUCAGCUAACGAUACACAGGGUGUUCUACAAGCUCUACGACAAGCUUUGAAAGAUGGUAGCUGCACUCAUUUUGAACAUUUUUUUUCUAUGAACAUAGGCCCGAUUCGUUUUCGUUUAGAAGUUAGGAAAAUUUCAAAAAAAACAUUUUCUUGUUAAAGUCAGAAAUAUGUUUGAACAUUGUAUAAAACUUUCUCAACAAUAAAAAUUGUUCCAAAUGUA